CGCAUGUUUCCGGUACUCGACUGGACAUAUAGUCCAUUUUAGGAUAUGUUUAGUUUAGUUAACUGACUAAUAAUUUCUAGGAUUUCGCAUAGUGUAAGCAUAUAUUCCACAGAAGUUUUUGGAAUGAAAUGAUGAAACGGGGGUGUGUCUUUUCGAAGAAACUGUAAAGAAAGACGCCCCGUGUAAUUUACUGCCAAAGAAACUGCGUCUUACGACAACGACCGACCGAUACUAUUCUGAUAACACAUACACACACACACAUUUAGCUCUGUGGUUAUGUCUUAUAAUUUAAGUCAAAGGUAGAUUGCUGUUUUUUUAAUUUUAUUAAAUCUAAGAAUAAGUCUAUCUCAUUGUUAUUUCGGUUUCUUAAAUUUCGUGGAUUUGUAUUUGAAACGGCAUGAUGUUGGCUUUUUGUGGUUCAUUGAUAUUCCUAAUGGUUUUGGUCACGGCGGUUUCCACACUGGUUCCGCCUCCAGAAAAUGUGACAGUGAGCUGUAACAACUUACAGACAACUGUUGAUUGGAACCACAGUGAACUGCUUCGUCGACCUCUCUUCAAAUUGAAAAUAACUGGUGAUCACAGUUCGUGGGAGAAUUCCACUAAACAGCAUCAUUAUGACCUCUCCCCCUUGAUGUGGAAUGCUAAAGAACUGGAUCGCUACUUUGUGAAGAUAACGGCCAUUGAUGAAAUGGAGGAAUCAGCAUCUCAGAAGUCCUCGAUAUUCACAUUUAAUAGAUACCUUACAGCUGACAUCCACUGCAAGUUGGAUUUCCCUGCUGUAAAUGUGUCAAUGAAGGAUAUGAAGGUCACAGUGAGCUUCGACAACCCUUACCACCUGUACACAGAACUGAAAGAGUCUCGCAUGGGUGAAGAUGACAAACGCUUCCUAUCCCAAGUAACCUAUGAAAAUACUAAUCACACGUUUGAGUGCCAGAUAGAAGACAAAGUCUGCCAUCAUUACUUCACAGUCCUGGGGAACAAGGAGAAGUACUGUGUUCGUCUGGAGGGGAAUGCAAUGGGCCACCGAGUUAUGUUCAACAGUAAAGGGCCCAUCUGUGUCAAUGAAGAGAAAACAAUUUCACUGGAAUAUUUUUUGCCAUUGAUCAUCAUUGGCAUUGUGGCCUUUGUAGUCUUUGUGACAAUAAGGCUCUGCAAGAGAAGCAUGCGGAAAAGAAACUUGUCCAAUUUUCCAAAGACUUUGGCUUCAAUCUUAUCAAACCCACACGACAAGAAUAUAAUGGAGCUGCAAUUUGAGAUCAUAGCGCACAUUAGUGGCAUAGAACCAGUUACCACCACAUCCCAGAGCCUGUUGGAAACUUCAGAAGAGGAGGAGGAACCGGUUGAGAGUCCGACCACUAGCGUUGGAUUUUCGGCUAACCCCUUUAGUUCUGGGCAGGUGGGAGAGGGCUUAUCGGACAGCAGGAGCCAAUUACGGACUGAGCUUCAGGUGAUACAGCCACGCUCUGUGCUGCUGUGUGGAGAUGACUCCGAGGAAUCAGACGACAUGGAUUCCACAGCUUCUGGCUAUGACAGACAACACAUUCCUCUACAAGAGGUGGAGGUGGAGAUGAGUGCAGGAGAUGUAGUGGUGGGCUAUGGCCCCACCUGAGCACCUCUGAACUCAGGCCUCUGUAAAAAAAAAAAAAAAACUUU